GGAGGGUAGAAUAAAAAAAAGCCUGUAUGUGUGUCAGCGACAGAGAGAGUAGGGGGGAGAGGGGGAGAAGGGAAAGUCAGGAAGUUGUGGUAAUGAGUUUGAACAGCCCUGGUGCUCUUUCACACGCAGAACACAGAAGAAAACGAAAUAAGGAAAGCAGAAAUACUAAACAGAGUGGGGGAUAAUCAGAAAAACGGACAUGCUACUAAUAAGAGGAGUUAUUGGCGUAUGAAACAUCGAGCCAAUAAGGAAACAAGGCAUGAAGAUUCAGAGAAAGAGGAGAAGAUGGAGAUGGAAGCUGAUGUUGUAAUAAUGAGGCCCAAGAGGAUUCAGGGAGUCGAUGAGCGACUAUAUUUGGAUUUGUGUCCAGUACAGAGAAGAAAACAGGACCAGUUCAGCUGUGGGGGUAGUGUCACUUCCUGUGUGGCUGACUGAGUAAAGGAGGAAGCUGUUUCACGGAAGGGGAGCACUUCCUUUUAAACGCCUCCAUUCCUCCUUGUCUCUUUGCUGUCAAGUUGAAGACAAAAACAGCUUGUGGGCUAUAAUGAAACAGAUACCUGGAUGACUGAUACCUACCAACAUACACUGAGUUGACCUGUCACCUCUUCUGCAGCUUUCUGAACUCCUCUCUGGACUUGAACAAGAUCACAGUCUUCACCACGCACCUCUCAUGAUAACUGAGAAUGGAUGACGGGGUUCAGAUUGGAGAGAACAAAUUCAUCAGCAAGGCAACCAUCCUCUCACAUCUGAAGACCUACAACCUCUACUAUGAAGGACAGAACCUGCAGCUCAGGCACAGAGAGGAAGAGGGGGAGCUGAUCGUUGAGGGCUUGCUGAACAUCUUCUGGGGCCUGCGACGUCCAAUCAGGCUUCAGAUGCAGGAUGACCACGAACGGAUCCGACCGCCCCCCUCCUCAACAUCCUGGCACUCGGGUUGCAAUUUGGACAGUCAUGGUUCCACCAACAGCACAGAGGGUCAGCAGACGACGCAGCAGAGCCUGCCUACAGUGGAAGUGACGCCACCGCCUGCCAGCCAACCAGAGGACAAUGGUAUGACAGAAGACCAGGCUGACGAGGACAGUGACAGCAGCUCUCAGCUCCUCAGGACAAAGAGUGAUGCUGGGGUUUUGAGGCGGUGCCAGCGACGCUCACCGAGCGACCAGAGGAAGAUCAGACGACACCGCUUCUCCAUCAACGGACACUUCUACAACCAUAAGACGGCGGUGUUCACUCCUGCUUACGGCUCCGUCACUAACGUUCGGAUCAACAGCUGCAUGACCACGCCCCAGGUUCUCCGAGUUCUGCUCAACAAGUUUAAGAUCGAAAACAGCCCUGAUGACUUUGCACUCUACCUGGUCCACACGAGUGGAGAGCGUGUGAAGCUGAAGCGCAGCGACUACCCUCUGGUGCUCCGAGUCAUGCAGGGUCCAUGUGAGCUGGUCUGCAAGGUUUUCCUCAUGGAAGCCGACCUGGGAGAAGAAGUCACAUAUGACGUGGCGCAGUACAUCAAAUUUGAGAUGCCUGUUCUCCAGAGUUUUAUCACCAAGCUGAAGGAAGAGGAGGACCGAGAGGUGCAGAAGCUCAGGAGAAGGUAUAAUUACCUGCGCUGCAUCAUUGAGAAGCAGCUCAGUUGUCUUCCAGAGGGAGCGACAUGUAUGUGACUCAUUGAGGAUCAGUGUCAUGUGCAGACGACCCACCAGGAGCUCCACGGUCCUGCCCUGAACUCACAUUCAUCUGCAAACAGACACUGGAAACAUCCCAACAAGGAGUGGACGGACACAACCUGUCACAUGUUUCCUGUGUGCGAGCUGAAGAUCCCAGCAACAGUCUGACGUCAGCCACUCCUCCAGCACUUUUCACACACCCAUCAUAUCAAACCAUGUCUGUAGUUGGACUUUUUGUUUGUUUGUUUUAGUGUGAGCAGUGCACGUUCACCCAGACAAACAGUCCUUUAAACCUCAGUAAUCCUACCCAUGGUGCAGUGCAGUCAACUGAGCCCAAAAUGUCCUCAUUUAUACCUUCCACGUGACAAACUGAAAUCAUUUGAAAGCACAAACAGGAUGGUUUUUGUGAAGUGCCUGUCGAGGUUUCAAGAAACAAACAAUGAAACAAACGAUGAACAAGUGUUGCCAUAGUGGUUUUAUCGAACUCCUGAUCCCAUAAUGCACCGGGGUGUUCUUUAUGGCACAUGUAAGAUUUCAGACGUAUACAUUUGAUGGAGCCUCUGAGGUGUCCAGGCAGGGAUUAGGAGAGGACGCAUGAACCAAUAAUCUGUCUGUCGGUCAUGUGUGGUCUGUGUGUGCAGCUCAUGUGCAGGCGUCCAGACACCAGGAGAAGACAACACUGACACACUGAAGGGCCAGAAAACAACUGACAGGAGCCACACUGACAGGACCACUGCAAGGUCAAAGGUCAGAGCACAAGAAGGAGGAGAAUCAAAUCCUUUUGGGAGGAAAAAAAAAGUGAUAAUAGGAGAAUAAACCUUUAGAGCAGGGCUGUUAAACGCAUUAUAGUUCAGGGGCCACAUUCCGCUAAAUUUGAUCUGAAGUGGGCCAGAUCAGUAAAAUAAUAACAUAAUAAUAUAUAAAUAAUGUCAACUCCAAACUUUCCUCUAUGUUUUAGA